AUGCCAGUUGCAAACGUAUGCAUUUCAAAAGGAUCUAAAAUACUUCAUGGUUGGUAUAUCCAUUCUAUCCCAUAUGAGAUGUCUAUUAAAGAUUUUUUUGAAAAACUUGUUACAAGUAAAAUAUCUCCAGAAUGCAAUAUUUCUAUAAAUUCUUUGGAAAUAAUUGAUCGUAUUGAACUAAGCCAAAUAUUAGGUGCAACAGCUAUUCAAACCAGUCACAGUUGUGGAAUAAUAGAGCUAACCAAGAUAUUUGGCAUAAAUAUACACUAUAUUCUUAAACCCAAUGAUAACAUAACUUCUCUAAUUCUUCAACAUGGAGGAGGAUGGUCUUUAGCUGAAUAUGCUAAUAUACAAGGAAAAAAAUUUGUUAGUUGUUUAUCUGAAGCAAUUUGGUAUAUUGAUAUGCAUGGUCACAAAAAAUUUGAAGAAU